ACUUGCGAUACCUAUGAUCAGAAUCCCAGCUCUAAGUAGAAGAGGUAUUAUACGCUCUGCUCGACAAGUGAGCCGUGUGUACGCCCUUCCUGCAUUUAGAUCUUUCCACUUCACCAACGUCUUAAAGCUAACAGAGCCAAUCCGUGCUAUUGACAACAGUGAUAAUACUCCUUGGUAUUUAAGAGAAGAACAGAAUAUCUCCACCAAACCCGCUGAUAGGCCGCCCAUCCCUUACGUUCCAGAGUCUGCUCCUAGUACGGUUACGGAAUUUCUCCGUCUCUUGGCCGAAGAAUACGGUCUUCAAGAGAUUCAACUAUUUGACCUAAACACAUUAGAUGCAAGCCAUCCUCAAAGUGUGGAAAACCAGCCCUUUGACUACAUAAUAAUCUGCACCGGAAAGUCCGAAAGACACAUAUACAAAGCGGGACAGGAGCUCAAGCACUAUAUCAAACAUAAUUUCCAAAAACAGGUCAAAGUCAACGGUUUGGUAUCAGCAGCUCCCAACGCUGUAGCAAGAAGACGGAUGUUGAAGAGGGCUAACAAGGCUCCUCUUGCAACCGAUAAUGACUAUGGAAAAACGGCGAACUCGUGGGUUAUGUGUGAGACGAGUGUAGAUAACAUUUGUAUUCAUGUUCUCACCAAAGAUAGGAGAGCUGAAUUGGACUUGGAGUCUUUGUGGGUGGAGGAGAAGGCACCAGAACCGGUGGAGAAACAGGAAGAGAGUGUGGCUAUCAAGAACGUUUCCGAUAUACCUGAGUUCUUUCUUACCAGAAGAAAAUUACACACCUCUACGAGGUACAUCAACCAUGAGUUGGCUACAUGCCUUACUAACCUUAUGGAAGAAGAAGUUGACAGCUUAAAUUCCCAGAAACUAAACCAGUAUAUCACCGAGUUUGAGGCCAGCUUUGUCAAUCCUAACGUUGAAGACCACAAGUUCCGGUCCAUCUUCUACAGCAUAUUACAUUUCAUAGACCAUAGUGUGGUGAGCUUGGAAAAGGUAACAGAAGUUAUGCUUGACAAAUAUGCUGAUUUAGCCAUUGCUAUAGAUGAGUCGGUGAACAUGAAGCACGAAAGAUCCAGUGAUGUCACCACUUAUAUGAAAGUUCUUAUCGACUCUCCUCAAUUACAGGCCAGUCUUGAACCUAAACCAAGAUCCGACAAGGCUUUCGAUAUGUUGGCCCAGUUUUCCAUGAAUGUCUACCGGUUUUCAGGAGAAACUAUCGAUCCUGAAGCCAAUCCUGAGUUCAUCCCACUUUUGUGGAAGCUAGCAUUCACAUCCACAAACAACGGAGAAUUGGACCUUGGCCCUUCAGUCAUAGACGAAACUCUCUACGACAACAAAGACUACUAUCAUCAGAAGUUCUCCACGUCUGUACAAGCAGAAAAUCGUACAAGAGAUAUGAUGGAGGUAUUGAACUUCUACUUGGGACUCAAGUCUGACAGCCGUUCAUUUAGCAGGUCUUUCAAGGAGUUGCAGUUGUUUUCUCUCGGUAACUCUGGCCGCUGGGAUGAGUUCUGGAACCACUGGGAUGUCUCCAUGAGUCUUUUGGACGAUAAAAAAGACAUUCAGAGAUGGGCCAGACUUAUAGUAUAUUUGGCUCUUAGAAACGAUGUGAGGGCCAACAAAAUUUUUGUCCAAGAGUAUUGGAGCGGCACUCACAAAAUGUCAGGGUCAUUUAUGGAGCAGUUUCAAGCCAGGUCAGGUGACUUGAAGGAGUCGGAGACUCACCAUUUGAAAGUAUCGUUGGGUUUAAUCCUAGAGUCCCAGCACAAAAUAUUGCCCGAUUCGGCCCUCGAUGAGAUACGAACUUUCGCGAGUACUUUGUAAAUAGAACAGGCGCGUUCAUAUAUUCAAUACCAUGAAAACAUGUCUAUAGAUCAAAAUCUAACACAGGUGAAAAAGAAGAUCAAGGACUGGGAGCACGACUUCGUCAAAGUACACUCCAGACCACCUUCGAAGACUGACGUUAAAGAAGAUGCCCACAUCCUGAAAUUGUAUAAGUUAUACCGGGCCCUCAAAUUGAAGCAGCAAAAAUUACCAGACAAGCCACAGCAAAUACCGCCCAAGCCGGCUACGGACGUCGACAUUGACAACUUGAAGGGUCUUUCCGAUGAUGAGAAAGAAUUGGACGGUCCUCAGGAGGUGUCGGCGUUCUACAACAAUUCUGAGUUGGGGCCCACUCCACAAGCAGGAGGUAAAGUGUUAUCGAUAUUUGAUAUCAGAAUGACGCCCCCAGAGCCGUCUCCGUCGAAGAGGAAGGUGCCUCUAGUGCCCCAUAAUGGCCCGUCUGAAGAUUUGGAGUUUAAGACACCCACCAAGCCCAAACUCAUCACCCAAGUCACGCCAUUGAGGUCAGCAUCCAAGUCAUCAUCCUUUAUGCACCGAAUUGCCAUGGCUAGUCUGAGCAGCCCCACUAAGACGCCCAUGCGAACACCAGUGUCAAUGGGUCUCGGGGCGUUGGCAGCGGACACUCCACAGUAUCUCAAACGAAAUAUCCUGAAGUUUGAGUUGUCUCAAACCGACAAAUCUCCAUUUCUUUCCCAGCCAUCGUCGCCGGUUAAUACCAGGUCUCCUUCAACCCCCACCUCCAAGUCGACGAUUAAUUUUCUGGUUUCUCCGUC